CAGGAAGUUUGUUGUGAUUGGCACAUGUUUGCUUCUGUGCCGUUACUGAGAUGAAGAGUUGCUAGUUGUAGUUUUUACAGCGUGGACUUUUUCUCUUUACACCGGCUUCCCAUUUGUCAUAUAUUUGACUUUAAAAUUGGACGAUGAGCAGCACUGAAGCAAAAGGCGAGAGUAACAUUCAGAAUCCCAGGAAAGCCAGAAUGAGCGGCGACACCGCGACCCUGCACCUGGAUGGCAUCCCUCCAGACGUGCUCAGUAAGGUGGAGAAGUACCUGGAGCCUUUCCAACUCUCUCUGGAGAUGCUGCAGGAGGUUUCUGCUCGACUCAGGAAGGAUCUGAUCCGAGGUUUAGGGAAACAUUCACAUCACAAGGCACCCGUCAAGAUGCUGCCCACCUUCGUCAGGGCCACGCCUGAUGGGACAGAGAAAGGCGACUUCUUGGCGUUGGAUCUGGGAGGAACAAACUUCCGAGUGCUUCAUGUCCGUGUGGAGGAAGAGGAGCAGAGAGUCCUAAAGAUGAACAGUCAGAUCUGUGCCAUCCCGAAGGAAAUCAUGUUGGGAACCGGAGAACAGCUAUUUGACCACAUCGCCACCUGUCUCGGAGAGUUCCUCGAGUCUCAGAAGCUGAAGGGGCAAACUCUUCCUCUGGGCUUCACCUUCUCCUUCCCCUGUGAACAGCUAGGAAUUGACAAGAGCAUCCUGAUCCGCUGGACCAAAGGCUUCAACUGCUCCGGCGUGGAGGGGAAAGAUGUGGUGAAGUUACUGAAAGAGGCCAUUCACAGGAGAGGGGACUAUGAUAUCGGCUCAGUUGCCAUGGUGAAUGACACAGUGGGAACAAUGAUGAGCUGCGGCUACAGGGACCAGAACUGUGAGAUCGGCAUGAUCGUUGGUACAGGAACCAAUGCCUGCUACAUGGAGGAGAUGAAGCACGUGAAGCGUGUGGAGGGCGAGGACGGAAGGAUGUGCAUCAACACAGAGUGGGGCGGCUUUGGAGACGAUGGCUCCUUGAAUGACAUUGUGACGGAGUUUGACGUGGAGGUGGACAAGACAUCUAUCAACCCCGGCAUCCACAUCUUUGAGAAGAUGAUCAGCGGCAUGUAUUUGGGAGAAAUUGUUCGGCUGGUGUUAGUGAAGAUGACCAAGGACCAGCUGCUGUUUAAAGGACAGAUGUCAGAAGCGUUGAGGACCCCAGAACAAUUUGAGACAAAGUUAAUCUCCGAGAUUGAAGAGCCUUACAGUGGUUUGGAUAACACCAAGAAGAUUCUGACUACAUUGGGUCUUGAUUGGGAGCCGGUCGACGCCUGCGUGGUGCGUCUGGUCUGCGACACUAUCUCCUCACGCUCCGCCCGUCUCUGUGCCGCUGCCCUGGCAACCCUUACCAACCGCAUUCGUACCAACCGCAAACUGGACCAUCUGAAGACCACUGUCGGGGUGGACGGGACAGUGUACAGAAAGCACCCCACUUUCAGCAUUGAACUCCAGAAGGCGGUGUGCCUCCUCGCCCCCCAGUGUGACAUCACCUUUCUCGUCUCGGAGGACGGCAGCGGGAAGGGCGCUGCCAUGGUAACGGCUGUGGCACAGAGGCUGACUCGUCAGUCCCGGCUGUUAGAGGAGAGUGACGGUGAGGACGAUGACGAGGAGGAGGAGGAGGAGGAGGAUCAAUAACGUAUUUUUGACCAUUGAUGCAAUAUUCAAUGCAACUGCACCUGUGCAUAUAAUGUAAACAGAGGUGGAGGAAAUCCUGUGAUAUUUUAUUGUAUUGAGUUUCUUUUUUUUAAGCAGAAAAUGUAUUAAUCUGAGUAAAGUGCAGAAAGUAAUAUAAAGUAAUAAACUGAUAUAUUGAGGUUUCAAAAAGAGAAAAUUUUAACACAUUUAUAGUUCACUGUGUAAAAUUUGAUUUCCAUCAGGGAUUCUAUAAAAACUUAUUUAUUUAUUAAUAAGGGUUUAAGGGGGCUCUGGGGUGGCAAUACUCCCUGAAAAUGAGUUGCCCCUGCCCCCAAAAUAGUGUUGUUAUAUCACUGCAGCAAUGGGUGGAAAUUACAGGGGAGGGGGUGGGACAAAGGGGCCCAGAUCCCCUUUUUCUAGCUAAAAACAGUGUUUUUGGCCUCUGUGCAUCACUGUACGUAUAACUAAAUGGUGUUACAUAAUAAUAAGCACUGAAAGCUCCUGUGCUAAUUAUAUAACAGUAUAAUUUAAAGUUAUAAAAGGUGGAUAGUGGCAGCAGAGGCACAUUCACAGGCCCAAGUGCUGCAUCUGUGUGUAGAUGAUGUUGAUCAUGAGACCGUUUUCUCAGUAUUCAGAGAUGAUGUAGAGCAGACUAAAGGGCAGAAAUGGGAACAGUUCAAAACUUUUUAAUCGGCACAUCCAGCGGUAAACAGCAGAAAGGAGACUGGAAUAAAUAAUUUGGCUUAUUUAUUUUCCUAAAAUGUGAAUAAAUCUAAAAUGUGAAUAAAUCUAAAAUGUACGAUGAGAUCUUCUCUGAGAAUGAUUGUUUGUUUCUGUGGUGAGUGCACUGUGCUUCCAACGGUCUGAAUAAUUAUCUGGUACCGUCAGCUGUCAAAGGUAAAAGAUGUGAUGCAGAAAAGAAGAAGAGGAAGAUGUUUAGUAAAAUGUAUUUUUAAGGUGCCGAAAAUCCUCCUUCUGUUUUUGUUUUUUGUUUUUGUUUUUUAAAAUGGGGAAUAAAGGGUUAAUGUACGGCAAACUACAGAAGAAGAGCUGCAGUGUGCUGUAAUAAAUAAAACUGUUAAAUUGUCCAA